AUGGUUGAACCAACCGCAUCGCCAUUCAACUUUCGUCGUACACAAUCGUGCCGCGUACCAAACAAAGUUAUGGAAACGACACCAGCGAAUAUUCGCCGAUUGAAAUUCGAUCGAGCGUUUACUGUACAGGACGAUUUGCCAUCAUGUUCGAAGAGGACAGGUCAAAAUGGAAGUUUACGAAAACCGAAUCGAUUGACGGGAAGAUCACGUUCGCAGCGACGAGGCACACUGAGUUCCAUCGCAUCGUUGUCGUUCAGCCAAAAGCAGGCGCUUUCAGCCUCAUGGCGCUUGCUGCGCCCACAAGCGCCAGGUCUUUUUCGAAAAGUGCUGUUGGAGUUGGAAAUUGUGUCGAGCAAAGUGAAACAGAUUUUCUACAAAGCACUGUGUGUGGACGCGUUCAACAAAGACGAUGAAAAUAAAGCAACGAUGGAUGCACAUGUCAGAUUAAUUGUGAAAUUCUUCGAUGAUCUUCUGACGACGUUAGACGACGAAGCGGAAUGUAUCAAUCGAAUGAAGCAGAUUGGCACAUCGCAUGCGAUCCUUGCGAGGACGUGUGCGUUUUCGAGUGACAUUUGGGAGCAGCUGGGUGAAAUAACCAUGGAAAGGCUUUGUGCUCAUGAACUUAUUCAGAAUCGAGAAGCUGUUCGAGCAUGGCGAAUAUUGCUAGCGUGUAUCAUCGACGAACUUCGUGGAGGUUUCGACGAAGAGACUCGCUAUUACAAAAAAACCUCCUCUGCCGAGCAUUUGGAAGAUGUGGACAAGGGUGAAAAUGACAAAACAACAUCGAAUGGAAUCCAGGAGAAAAUGCGUCAACUACGUUUGGAGUACGACUCAACAGUGCCUUACGAAAAGUAG